CGCUGCCCAGUUUGUCUGUACGCUCGCCGGAGUCGCCAGUGCGCUGAAAGCAGGAAGGACGCACAGAAGACGGAUCGUACAGCUGUUAUCGUGAUGUAGCGCUGCCUGUCCGAUGACUGCGGAUGGCGGUGUGUGCCAGACUCUGCGGUGUGGGUCAGUCGCGGCGGUGCAGGCGGCGGCAGAGGAGCGGCCAGCACCAUCCGGAAAGCGACUCCGACACGGACAUGGAUGGAGAGGAGGAGGAGAAGAUAGUGGGUGAAAUGGAAGCCUGUCAGAAGACCUACGCAGCCGGGCCCGGGUCGACUAACGACGCAGGACGUGCCGAUGGCCGUGCCACGGGACUGGGCUGUGGGGACACUGCCUGCGCACGACCAUCCAAGCCGCGGGCGUUGCUGGAUUUGCCCCCAGAGCUCUUGGUGGAGAUCUUCUCGUCUUUGCCUGGCACGGCGCUGCCAAACCUGGCCUUGGUGUGCAAGAAAUUUCGGCAAAUACUCAGUACGGAAACCAUCUGGAGAAGACGAUGCACAGAGGAGUUUGGCAUGAAGGAUGAUUUACGGAAGAUGGAGGUUCUGGGUGUGUCCAGCCGGGAGCUUUAUGUCAAACCUCAAACAAGUCCUUUUUUUGACUUUCCUCUCCUCUCGUGGUGCAUCCACCUGUAUGCCUGUCCAGGUGUGAACCCUCGGGUGAAGUCAGGACGCUUUACGAAGCUCCUCCCCGAUUACGAGCACAUGGACUAUCGGGACGUGUACAUCCACUUGCUCCAUCCAUAUAGACACAUUUUGGGUCUCUGGCAGCCAGACAUAGGCCCCUAUGGAGGCCUGCUGAACGUUGUGGUGGACGGACUGUUCAUCAUUGGUUGGAUGUACCUGCCACCCCACGAUCCCCGAGUCGAGGACCCCAUGCGCCGCCGCCCCCUCUUCCGCAUUCACAUGUGGGAGAGUAACAGAGCCGCAGUGGAGUGCAUGUAUGGCCACAAGGGCCCCCAUAAAGGAGACAUUCAGACAGUGAAAAAAGACGAGUUCUCUACCAAAUGCAACCAAACAGAUCACCAUCGAAUGCCAGGGGGCAGGCAAGAGGAGUUCCGGACGUGGCUGGACGAAGAGUGGGGACGGACGUUGGAGGACAUCUUUCAUGAACACAUGCAGGAGUUGAUACUCAUGAAGUUCAUCUACACCAGCCAAUACGAUAAUUGCCUGACGUACCGGCGGAUAUACUUGCCCCCGUGCCUAUCUUCAGAUCUGCUGCAGCCGGGCCUCUUCAAAGGCACGUACGGCAGUCACGGCCUGGAGAUCAUCAUGCUGAGCUUCCAUGGCUCUCGGGCCAAAGCCACCAAACUGACAGGUGACCCUAACGUGCCAGCAGGUCAGCUGACCCUAGACGUAGACCUUAGUCGGCCGGUACGGCUACCCGACUUGGAGCACCAGCGCAACAUCGAAGAGCUCUCUAGACUUGUGAUGAGUGUGCAUGAGGAGGUCCAGAGGGCUGCACCGGGCCCUGAUGCCCCCCCUGCCGGGGCUGACGAGGUCUCCUCUGGGGCAGAGGGAUCGGACGUUUCCCCUGUGGCUGAAGCUGAGGAUGCCAGGGGUGGAGCGACUACCUCUGGUCCUCCUCUUGAACCCCAGCCCUUCAUCCUGCCUUUAGGGGUCAUGGCCCGCAAUGAGGUGUACCCGCGCACGUGCAAGAUGUGUUUCUAUGGAACAGGUUUGAUAGCAGGCCAUGGCUUCACCAGUCCUGAGCGCACACCCGGCCUCUUUGUGCUGUUCGACGGUGACCGCUUUGGCUUCGUCUGGCUGGAGCUGAAGUCGUUCAGCCUCUACAGCCGGCUGACCGAUCAGCUGGAGCAUGCGCAGGCCCCCAGCCUGGAGCGCUUCGAGGCCAUGCUCCGCAACAUGCAGUCAUGGACAUCCUGAAGGGCAGGUCUCCUCAGCCAUGCCCACCACUGUCUACAUCACACAUGCUUCUGCCAAAGGGUGGGCACUUCCAAACCUGCAGGGCCCACCCCUCCCGAAUUAUCUGGGUCAACUCCAGAGCCACCUAGCGGUCCGUUGGUGGGUUGAGCCAGACGUGCAGUGGUGUGGUGUCCCAGGACUGGAACUGCCCGUUCCUGCUCUUUGGAACCAGAAACCUGGAUUAUACUCUCUGCCACUCGUAUCCCCACACAACCUGAAGAAACCUCCCGAUUAAUCACUCGCAUGCACAUGACAAAAUCCCGCCACAGUAUGUUUGCAGGAGAGAAUUCAUAGAGGUUGUAUUAUACCAAGGCUUUCUUAUCAGCUUUUUAAUUAAUUUAUUUUUAUAACCUGGAGAUGAUGACUACGAGGAUAAUAUAUGACAAUUCACCCACAUACUCUGGAACAAGCUGAGUGUGCCUCUGUAUCAUUACCAUGGUAACCCAAGACUACUUUUAGAAACUUGUAUUUGCGUGUACUAUGAAAGUGAGUUUUAAAUUUAAGUUAAGGUUAAAGUUCUCUCUUGUUUGGUGGUAGCUGUUAAGUGAUGCAUUAUCCUUUUAAUGUCAUAUAUUCUUUCUUUUUGUCUCUUCAUUACUGUCACUUUUAAUUUCAUGAAGCCAUCACAACCCACAGCAAUGUUGGAUUGCCUGUGAUUUAUAUACAUUUUGAUUUGAAUGCUUUAAAUAGCCAACGGAUAUAGUCCCUGAUCGACAUUAAAAUGGUGAAUAUGUAAACACAGAUUGCCAUAGGGUAUGUACCUCGGUUGGUCUAAAUAAUUGGUUUUUAAAGCAAUGGUGCAUUAAUGAAACAGACUCCUAAAAGACCUUGCUAAAGCUAAAGAUGAUCCUUUAUGCCAGACCAAAGUUUGUGGGUUGAGGAUUAUUAUACCCAAAACCAGCAAUUGCUUUGUUGUAACAAUGGACAGGAAUUUAGCUUGAUAUCCUAAAUCUGCUUGUUUCUUAUAGCUGAUUUCAAGAAGUGGGUUUGCCAGUUGUAUUUCAGCGCUGGUACUGAGUUUAGGGUGGGAAAAUUAGUAGCACCAUCUAAAUCUCCACCAUGUAAUGAAUGUGCAUGCUGUACUAAGGCAUUUCUCUGACCUAGAUGAAUUCACUUACAUUCGAGAAUAUCGAGGGUGUUUCAUUCACAUAGAUUUACAGACUGCUUUGUAUCUCAGGUGCCAUACCUAUAUGCCGGUUCUCUGGAACAAAUAAUACACUAAAGCGCAUAAACAUUUUUUUUUUUUUUCUCUUGAUAAGUGUAAUCAUAUUUCAUAAUGCUUAAAGGAGUUACAUAGAUUUACAAUUUGUUAAUUGUCUUUACUCUUCUCAGAGAAGCUUGUUGUCCAUUGAAGAAGAAAAGGCACCAGAGAGGGGGGGAGGGGGGGGGGCGGGUCUCUGAUAAGUGUAAACAUGUAGAUCACCACCACCAGCACGCAGUUUGAUUGGCUGGUAGGCAGCCUGGGCCUGCCUUAGCUUGUGUUGAGCUCUCACCCUGCCUUCAGUAGUUCCUGAAGGAAGCAAGACAUUCACUAGGGCAACCUCUCCCCGAGCUGGACAAAACCCGGGUUUAACGUCAGCACCAGUGGCGUGUUCGCUCACUCUCUCCUCGAUUACGCUUUCAAGAGUUAAAGACGGACUAGGUUAGUGGCCAAGAUGCUUUCAGGCUGUUUCCUCCAGCAGAGAGAUGUAUAACAAAUGCUUCCUUCCCUCUAUUGUGAUGAGAUCGAUCAUAAAGCUGUGCGUUGGCUUCUCUAAAAGUGCUCUUUCUUAAGCAGCAUGAGUAUUGACCAGAGACGCUUCCUCUGUACUUUUGUAUUCAACUGCAGCUUUGCAAAAACUAACCACUAUAAUGUAAAGAGAAAAUUGUCAAUGAAUGAAAAAUAUUUAAGUCUAUAUUUAAGUCUAUAUUAGGGGUGAUUGUACACAUUCUUUAAAGCAUACCAGCUGUCUGUUUUGUGACCUCUACAAAAUGAUAACUAUUAUAUCCUGAAUAGCCUCAUCAGUUCUAAAAUUUUUGAAAAGAAAGUUGUGUCUAAUGUAAACCUCAUUGCAUACAACUUCAGGGAGCUUUGAAGCUUAAGUGUUUGUCUCUUCAAAAUAAAUUAGAGUAAAGAGGAA